AUGGUUUUAACCACAAAAACUUUAGUACGGAUGUUUAUCUUCUGCUUCAGGGUCAGCAGGCCAUUCUCGCAGACGACAAAACUUCAACUGUCGGUCUUCGUCAGAUUCGCCGCCAACUUCAAGAAGAAGCCGAUCCUUAGACAUAAUUUCUGGAAAGUUCCCUUAUCUCUUAUAAUCCCUGCCAUGGCUGCUUCUAGUCCAGAAACCCAAAAACUCUUGGAUGAAGCCGACGCAUUGUUUGACAAGAAGGACUUCCUAGCCACCUAUGAUCUCCUGAUACCUCACAAGGACAGUAAAGAUGCAAACAUCCUGUGGAGGUUGGCCAGAGCUGCUGCAGACAAGGGCAAGAUGUUUGAUGGAGAUGUGAAGAAGAAACUCAUUUAUGAAGCUUUUGAGUACAUCAAAAAAGCACUGGAAUUAGAUGAUAACAAUUCUUCAUGUCACAAGUGGUAUGGCAUAUUGCUUGACUACACUGGAGAGUAUGAAGGAACCAAGCAGAAGAUUGCUAAUGCAUUCACAGUCAGAGAUCAUUUUCAGAAAGCUAUUGAGUUGAAUCCUAAAGAUGCAACAAGCAAGCACUGCAUGGGAGUUUGGUGCUUUACAUGUGCAGACUUGCCCUGGAUACAGAGGAAAAUGGCGGCAGUUGUGUUUUCGACCCCGCCAACAUCCACCUAUGAAGAGGCACUGGAGUACUUCAAGAGUGCAGAAGAAGCAUCACCUGGCUUUUACAACCAAAACCUUGUAAUGUUGGGAAAGACUUAUCUACGCCUGAAAGACAAAGAUUCGGCCAAGAAGCACUUGCUGAAAGCACUAGAGCAUGAGGAUAAAACAACAGAUGAUGCUAAGGCUAGGAAAGAGGCCAUAGAGUUGCUGAAAGAGCUUGGAGUCAAAGUUUAG